CAGAAACAAACCAAGAAUGAAAGGUGUUGAUAAUAUGGUGGAUUAUGGUAACUAAAUACGAAUCCGCACACUAAAACGAAACGACCUUGAACACCCCGACACUGAAAGCCGUCGUACACGCCAUCAGAGCCACCAAACUCUAAACACCCAGAACAAAAAAGGACUUAAUUUUCAAGGAAUGGCAGCUGAGGGAACGUCGAAGAAGAUGAUAGCGACCCAGGCAGAGAUGGUGGAGGCUCGGGUGCCGCUGCCCUACAGAGAUCAGUGCGCCCACUUGCUCAUCCCUCUGAACAAGUGCAGGCAGGCUGAGUUCUACCUCCCAUGGAAGUGUGAGAACGAACGCCACUCGUACGAGAAGUGCGAGUACGAACUCGUUAUGGAGAGAAUGCUCCAGAUGCAGAAGAUCCGUGAAGAAGAGGCCAAGUUGAAGCAGACCAAGAAGAAGGGACAGUCAAUUCCUCUCAUUCCAAACACUGCCAACGCAUAGAACCCACAUUCCAUUAUUUGGAAGCUCAAAUUUGUGAGGUGUGCAUGUUUUGAAGCUUUUUACCGCUACUGAUGAGAAAUUUCUUGGGACUCUUAUGUACUGAGAUAAAUGUUAGACUCAGUCCUGUUCUUUUCUCAGUUCUGCAACAUUGAAAUAAAUUAAAGUUCCUCAUUGCUUGCUUGGCAUUUGUAUUGUGACUUUCGGGAAAGAUAAUUGCAUGUUCUUGCUGCUCUUAGUGUACAAAAUACAUAUACAAACUGUAUUGGAUCAGCUUAAACUGGCUUCAAUUGGGCUCAUUGGAUCGGGAAUAGUUA